AUGGACUACCAGGGCGCACCGGCCGCCCAUCACAAGAAGAAGCGUGCCUAUGCCGCCCAGGCCUACGACUUCGGCGCGAAUGCUGCGGGCCAGGGUCCGGCGCCGCCCGUGGGCGCGCCGCAGCUUGACCCGCUGGCAGGUCAAUUCGGCCAGAUGAACCUGGGCGGCCAGCCUCAGCAGCCCAUGAUGCAGCCGCAGCAGCCGAUGCAACCCAUGCAGCAGAUGCCGCCGCAGAUGCCGCCGCAGCAGUCCGCGCUUAAUCAGCUUGUCACGACCGAUCUCAUGAGCGCCCCGUUCAACGUCUAUGAGCUCGACCAGCCGCCGCCACCUAUCAACCUGCCGCCUAACACCAGCGUCACGCCCUCCGAGUUCGCCAAUUGCCCUCCGAAGUACGUUCGCUCGACCUUGAACACCAUCCCCACCACCCACUCGCUGCUGAAGAAGUCCCGCCUACCGCUGGCCCUUGUCAUCCAGCCGUACGCCGCCCUACACGAUGCCGAGGAUCCGGUCCCGGUGGUCCCCGACCAGGUCAUUUCGAGAUGUCGGAGGUGUCGUUCGUACAUCAACCCGUUCGCGACCUUCCUCGACCACGGCCACCGCUGGCGUUGCAACAUGUGCAACCUGACCAACGACGUCCCUCAGGCCUUUGAUUGGGAUGCAGCGACCCAGCAGAGUGUGGACAGGUGGCAGAGGCCCGAGCUGAACUAUUCCGUCGUCGAGUUCGUGGCGCCUCAGGAAUACAUGGUCCGGCCCCCGCAGCCGCUGGUUUACUUGUUCCUCUUCGACGUCAGCUACGCCGCCGUCACCAACGGUCUCUUGGCAACGGCCGCCAGGUGCAUCCUAGAGAGCUUGGACAGAAUCCCCAACGCGGACAGGAGGACGAGGCUCGGUUUCAUGGCUGUGGACUCCAGCCUCCACUACUUCUCGAUUCCCCGCGACGGAAGCGAAAGCAGCGACCCCAGAAUGCUCGUCGUCAGCGACCUUGACGAGCCUUUCCUGCCUACUCCCGAAGACCUGUUGGUGAACCUCGCGGAAAGUCGCGCCAACAUCGAGACUUUCCUCGGCAAGCUCCAGUCCAUGUUCCAAGACACCCAGAACGGAGCUUCCGCCAUGGGAUCCGCUUUGCGUGCGGGCCACAAGCUCAUCUCGCCCGUCGGCGGAAAGAUCACGGUCCUCAGCGCGUCUCUCCCCAACAUCGGUUACGGCAAGCUGGACAUGCGCGAGGACAAGAAGGUCCUCGGCACCAGCGGCGAGGGAAAGCUUUUGCAGACCGCGAAUAGCUUCUACAAGUCCUUUGCGGUGGAGUGCUCCAAGAACCAGGUUUCGAUCGACAUGUUCCUAUUCUCGUCUCAGUACCAGGACGUGGCCACACUAUCGAAUCUGCCGAGAUACACCGGAGGCCAGACCUGGUUCUAUCCCGGGUGGAACGCCGCGAGGAGCGAGGACGCGAUCAAGUUUGCCCGUGAGUUCAGCGAUUACCUCUCGUCCGAAAUCGGUCUGGAGGCGGUGUUGCGCGUGCGUGCUACUACCGGCCUGCGCAUGAGCACGUUCUACGGAAACUUCUUCAACCGCAGCUCCGAUCUCUGCGCGUUCCCCGCCUUCCCCCGUGACCAAGCCUACGUGGUGGAGGUCGCCAUCGACGAGACGUUGACGAAGCCCUUCGUCUGCAUGCAGACUGCCGUGCUCCACACCACCUGCAACGGCGAGCGGAGGAUAAGAGUCCUCACUCUCGCAAUCCCGACCACGGACAACCUGGCGAGCGUCUAUUCCUCGGCGGACGCGCAGGCAAUCACUGCUUACUUCAGCCACAAGGCCGUGGAAAGAGCUCUGGGAAGUGGAUUGGAUGCCGCCAGGGACGCUCUCCAGAGCAAGGUCAUUGAGAUCUUGCAGACAUACAAGAAAGAGCUGGCGGGAGGAAACAUCGGCGGUGGUCUCCAACUGCCCGCCAACCUGCGGGCGCUGCCCGUUCUCUUCCUGGGACUCAUCAAGAACGUCGGCCUUCGGAGAUCCGCACAAAUACCUUCGGACCUCCGCGCCGCAGCUCUCUGCCUGUUGUCGACGCUGCCGCUCCCGCUGAUGAUCCAGUACAUCUACCCGCGCUUCUACUCUCUGCACGACAUGCCCGACGACGCUGGGGUCCCGCACCCCGAGACGGGCGAGAUUCUGCUGCCGCCGCCGUUGAACCUGUCUUCAGAACGGAUCGUGUCGUACGGACUGUACCUGAUCGACGACGGGGUCAACCAGUUCAUCUGGAUCGGGCGCGACGCGGUGCCGCAGCUGCUCAUCGAUGUUUUCGGCGUCGACGACAAGAACGGCAUCAAGCAGGGCAAGUCCACCAUGCCCAUCCUGGACAACGAGAUGAACGAGCGGGUUCGGGCGGUGGUGGACAAGAGCAAGGACCACCGGAUGAAGGGGGUGGGCAGCAUCACGGUGCCGACGUUGUACAUCAUCAGGGAGGACGGCGACCCGAGCCUGAAGCUGUGGGCGCAGACGCUGCUAGUGGAGGACCGGGCGGACCAGGGUGUCAGCCUGCAACAAUGGCUGGGCAUGCUAAGGGAGAAGGUGAGUCCUCCAGCGCCCCCCUUGAUCCUGUCGACAUGGCCGGACUAA